AGAGUUCCAGAUAACCCUGUUUGGGGAAUUUCUCUUGAACAUUUUUUCUUUCGGGCUUCUAGUCCUCGAAACAACUUUGCUUUCCAGGUGACUGCACCGUUGUUCUCUUCACGGCUCUUCGAAUUCGGUAAAGAUGCCGACGAUAAUGAAGUGCCCCAGGCACUUGACGUCGGCAAGAAGGUCCAGCUGACGAAUCCACUGAAUUUUUAUGGGGAAGACUACAGUACGCUCUAUGUGCUCUCAAAUGGUGCAAUCGGAUUCGAAGCGAAUGCUCGCGCAUACAAAGCUGGUCUAUUCCCGAGUGGAGCGAAACUAAUUGCGCCAUUCUGGAACAGAAACGACUUACGGAAAGGUGGCCAUGUCUACUACCGAGAGGUUACAAAGGGGCGAGUGUUGGAGCGGGGCCAGAGCGAGAUCCGGUACCAGUACGACCGGUCUGUUGUCGUGAAAUCAGCAGUGGUUGUCACUUGGGAGAAAAUGCAACCACUUGAAGGGACGGCUGCUCUGCCUGAAGAUAAUACAAACACCUUCCAAGCUGCUCUUUUCAUCACAGACAACGGUACCUAUGCAAAUUUCAUCUACAGCAAUAUUGGCUGGACGCAAGGUGCCGAGGAGACCGGCUUUGGCUUGAUGGUUCGGGUAAAAGCCUGA